AGCAUCAUAACUAGCUUUUAAAUGUUCUGUUAGGUGUCAACGCAGAUAAUGUUUGGUAACUUAAGAUUAUUUAGAAGUGUCUUGGCGGCCGAAAAUGCAAUUCUGUCGCUUCAUGGAAAAACCAAAGUAAUCAAUAGAAAAAGUCAUGUUGUUUCCUACCGAAGUGCCCCACCGCCUCACUCAAAAGCUACUAAAAUAGGAGCCGUCGCUGUGGGUGGAGCCAUGUGGUGGUGGGUAAUUUGGCAUCUUUGGCAUGAACCUGAUCACAUUACGGGAGAGUUUGAAUACCCCAAUACCUCAAAGUGGAGCAAUGCUCACUUAGGAAUCCCUCGUGACGACAUAUAAAGUACUUUAAGUUCGAGUUAAAUUCAUUGAUUGUUACAAAAUCGCUGAAUGUAAUGUGAUGGCGGAAAAAUUGAGAAAUACAAUCUAGCUUCUAGCGAAACAAUA